CGUUCUCGGGGAUUGAUUAGUUAUGACCGGAGAUUCAUCUGCCAGGCUCGUGGCCAGGCUGCCAGUGCAGUCGAUUCCAGAAAAAAGGAUUGACAGUCUGCAGGGUAACGGAAGUUGCUUGCAUCCUUAUCAGCAAACUUAUGGGCCUGUUUUAUGCUGAGACUCACUAGAAAGGAGGGUUUGGAAAUCCUGGCCUCCAUGUUAACACAGACCUGCCCCAGCUGCCAUGUCCUCCACCUCUGUGUCAGCAUCCACUUGUGGUGGCAGUGGUGGUGAUGCUGCAGCUGCCAUGGCAACCCAAGCGGCCGAGCAGGCUCUGCUGGCCUCAGACCGCUACGCCAGACUCAUCCUGGCCCAAAUGAACAAGAUGCGGCUCCGCACCGACUUCUGUGACGUGGGGCUGAAAGUUGGAGGCCGUGUCUUCAGGGUCCACCGACUUGUUCUUGCUGCUAGCAGCCCUUACUUCUCCGCUCUGUUCUCCGGGGGUAUGAGGGAGGCGGAUAAAGAGGAAGUGCAGAUCCUUGGAGUGGAAACUGAAGUCUUUGAGGUUUUGCUGGACUUCAUAUACACAGGCAUGAUCAGUGUGACGGUGGAGAAUGUCCAGGAGCUGAUGGUGGCCGCAGACAUGCUGCAGCUAAAUGAGGUGGUGUCCAUCUGUGGAGAGUUUCUCAAGGGCCAUAUGGACCCAUCCAACUGUGUGGGCAUCUUUCAGUUCCUGGAGCAGAUUGCCUGCAUUGAUAUGCUGGAGUUCACUGAGAACUACAUACAUGUUCACUUUCUGGAGGUGUGUAUCACUGAUGAGUUCAGGGGCCUUACGAAGGAUCAGCUGGUGAGGCUGCUUAGGAGUGAAGAGCUGAGAAUUGAGGAUGAGUACCAGGUAUUCACUGCAGCCAUGGACUGGGUUCUCCAAGACGUAGCAAAGAGGAAAAAACAUGUAGUGGAGGUGUUGGAACCAGUCCGCUUCCCUCUGCUUUCCCCACAGAGACUGUUCAAGUACAUAGAGGGUAUUACGGACUUCAGCCUGCGGGUGGCACUGCAGACUCUGCUGAAGGAAUACACUGAAGUCACAAAGUCUCCCAAAGAAAAUAAGAUGUACAGUCAGCUACAACCAGCCAAGAUGAGACCCAGAAGAAAAGCCAGGAAAUACCUAUAUGCUAUAGGAGGCUACACUCGGCUACAGGGCGGUCGCUGGAGUGACAGCCGGGCACUGAGUUGUGUGGAGCGCUUCGACACCUUUAACCAGUACUGGACCACUGUAUCAUCUCUGCACCAGGCCCGCAGCGGGUUGGGGGUGGCAGUACUGGAGGGCAUGAUCUACGUGGUGGGAGGGGAGAAAGAUUCAAUGAUUUUUGACUGCACAGAGAGAUAUGACCCAGUGACCAAGCAGUGGGCCGCUGUGGCGUCUCUGAACUUUCCUCGCUGUGGAGUUGGCGUCUGCCCCUGCCACGGAGCUCUGUAUGCACUUGGUGGUUGGAUUGGCUCUGAGAUUGGGAAGACCAUGGAACGAUAUGACCCAGAGGAGAACAAGUGGGAGGUCAUUGGCAGCAUGGCGGUUCCUCGUUACUAUUUUGGCUGCUGUGAGCUACAAGGGUUUAUUUAUGUGAUUGGUGGAAUCAGUGACGAAGGAAUGGAGCUGCGCUCAGCCGAGGUGUAUGACCCUAUCUCCCGUCGAUGGAGUGCCCUGCCCGUCAUGGUCACACGUCGAGCCUACGUGGGCGUCGCCUGCCUCAAUAACUGCAUUUACGCGGUGGGCGGGUGGAAUGAGGCACUGGGUGCACUAGAGACAGUGGAGAAGUACUGUCCAGAAGAGGAGAAAUGGGUUGAGGUGGCCUCAAUGUCUACAGCUCGUGCAGGCGUGUCAGUGUCAGCAGUUAAUGGGCUGCUGUACGCUGUCGGGGGCAGGGCCGCCAGCAGAGACUUCUCUGCACCGGUGACGGUGGACUCUGUGGAAAUCUAUGACCCACACCUGGAUACCUGGACUGAAGUUGGCAACAUGAUCACCAGCCGCUGUGACGGCGGACUGGCUGUGCUCUGACAGCCAGGAAUAUUCAAAUUGUGAACGUCCAUAUCAGCACCUGAAUCAUCCCAAAACAGAACAGCUGCACCUUAAGAAACACUAAAGUGUGUUUCUGUCUCAAUUAGUAUUUUACAUUAUUGUAAGUGUUAUUUAUAAAUUAAUUAGACAUGUUUUUCUUUUUUAUUUGUCCAGAACAUUUGACAUUUAUUGAGCAUAAGAAUAUGACAGCAGAUCUAAAACUGGAAAACUGCUUCCGCUUACACUGUUACAGAACUCAUCCGUCUCUCUAUUUUCAAUUCACUAAAUCAAUUUACAAGACUAUAAGAGUGGCAGUACCCUUGUUUCUCCCUUUUGAGUGUUUGAAGACGAAGCGAUCCUUGUGAUGAGGAUACUUUUUCACAGCGGAGGAGUUCUAUUUUGGAUGGACCAGAUAGUUUUUCUUCUCAUGUCUAAGAGUCAUAUGGGGACUGUUGACACUGUUCUUGGAUAGAAUGUGAAAGCACAGUUUUUUCCCUUUGUUUUCUCUUUAUAUUUCCUGUUUGAGGUGAGUGCAUUGCUACUUGUAAGUUUUAUCAAACCACUUAAGCCUAUUUAAUAAUGGAACCAAAUUUCCAAUGUGAUUUCUCUAAAUAAUUAUAAACUUGAACAGCACACCACUGUUGUCACAUCAGUGAGGUUAUCACUCAAUCAUUUUCACUGGAUUUAUUUAUAUAUAUAUGAUGCUGUAAAUAAUAGUGCCUCCGAGUCACCAUUUACACUUAAAUCCAAGACAAUUCACUCAACAGUGGCACCUGAUAUUGCUAGAAUUUACAUUUCAACUUUCUGAUGUUAAGAUACAGGCAAUGCACAUGAUUAGAAAUGUGUUUACCUUCUUUAUGGUAAGUUACUUUGUUUCCUCAUCACAUUUGCAAGCUGACUGGAGCUGUUGCACUGUAACAAUAUUUCCUAGCAUGUACUGUUAUCCAUUUCUAAACAACAGAAUAUUAAUAAUAGUAACAUUUUAUUGGUUGCUUUUCAGACUUAAUAAACUUCAUAAAAUGGUUAUUUGCGUGCUGAAUGAAGCUACAUUCCCUCUAUCUUUAAAAUACAAAACUUAAAUUUCGGUAGUCCUGUGCAAACAUGAUGGUAUGGAGGUAUGUUAGGCUAGUAUGAUUGCAGUCUGUACUUUUUGUGAAAUUACAGCACAAAGACACCACUGUAAACAUCACACUGAGUCUGUGUCUUUAGUUUAUGAAAGAAAAUCCUGUGUUGACUAUAUAUUUGUAAGAGAGAGGAUCUGCACUGUGCAAACAAGCAAUCUACAGUAGCAACACUUGCUCUGUUAGAUUACAUUUGACAUCUCACUGGAUUAGUGGCACCUCAUUAAAUGAAAAAGCGUACUCCUCAA